GAGCGGAGCGGAGGCGGAAGCCGCGCCGAUGAGUUGUGCGCGCUGGGCUGCGGCCGUGCGGAGCCCCGCGCUGUGCCGAGUGACCCCGGCCGGCCAAGGAUGAUUACGAACACGCGGGGCUUCCUGUGGUCGGAUCUGGAGACGCGGGCGCUGCUGGAGAUCUGGGGCGAGGCGGACGUGCAGUCGGCGCUGGACGGCAACUUUCGGAACAGCCAUGUGUACCGGGACGUGGCGUGCCGCCUGGCCGAGCUGGGCUUUGAGCGCACCCCCGAGCAGUGCCGCAUCCGCAUCAAGGGCCUCAAGCGGCAGUACUACCAGGCCCGGGACGGGCUGAAGAAGAACGGGCACGCCCGCAAGAUAUGCAAGUACUACGACGAGAUGGACCGGAUCCUGAGCUGCCGGGGGGGGCCCGACGGCGCCCCCGAGCCGCUGGUCCCGGCGCCCGCGGGGCCGCUGCCCGCGCCGCCCACGCCGGGCACGCCGCACAACAGCCGCGAGCUGGACCCCGAAGUGGACGAGGACAACGGGCCGGAGUCCCCCCGCGACAACUUCACCGAGGAUUCCGGCGAGUGCUCUUCGUACGCCGACCACCCCAUCAAGGUGGAGUGCCCGUCCUUCGCCAUCCCCGUGCCGCCGGGUGACGGCUUUAAAGAAGUCAGUGCUCCAACUAUUACCCCACCUCUCAGUCAGCCCAAAAGAUCAAAAAAACGCCAUACAAAUUUGACAUUGGAUAAAAUGAUGGAAAAAUUCCUGCAGCAGAGCAUGGAUACAGAUGAGAAAUUUUACAGAUUCGAAGAGCAGAGGCUCAGAAUUGAGGACAAGCGUCGGGAAGCUGAGCAUGCUCGAGAACUCCAGAUGUUACAGAUGUUGGGACAGAUGUUGGCUGGAAUUUCUUCUACAGUAUCACAGAGAUCACAGUCUAUACCAGCAAGUCCACCUCGGAGAGCGAACCAUCGUUCAUAUGCGGAUAACUUUAAUUAUAAUGCUAUGACAGCAACACUUUCUCCACCGAUAGUUAUAGAGAGAUCUUUUUCACUGCACAGAACACACACUCUGAAGGAUAUGGAGAAUAUUUUCCAGCUGGUGCGCAAUGUUAUCCCUCCUCUAACAGGGAAAAAGCAUAAAGGUCAAGAUGGUCGUAUAGGCAUUGUUGGAGGAUGUCGAGAAUACACUGGAGCACCAUAUUUUGCUGCAAUUACAGCUCUCAAAGUGGGUGCAGAUUUAUCCCAUGUGUUUUGUACCAAAGAUGCAGCAACAGUAAUCAAAUCAUAUAGUCCAGAGCUGAUUGUUCAUCCAGUUCUUGACAGUCCCAAUGCUGUCCAUGAGGUGGAAAAGUGGUUACCACGGCUGCACUCGGUUGUCAUAGGACCUGGCUUAGGUAGAGAUGAAGUUCUGCUUGAGAACACUAAGGGUAUUAUAGAGAAAUCGAAGGUGAAAGGAAUACCUAUCAUUAUUGAUGCAGAUGGACUGUGGCUCAUUUCCCAGCAGCCUUCUCUUAUUCAAGGCUACCAGCGAGCUAUUCUUACUCCAAACUAUAUGGAGUUCAGUAGACUGUAUGAAGCCAUGCUUAGAGACCCCGUAGACAGUAGUGAUCAUCAUGGAUGUGUAUUAAGACUCAGCCAAGCCAUGGGGAAUUUGACAGUUGUGCAAAAGGGAGAAAGAGAUCUUAUUUCAGAUGGAGAGAAGGUACUUGUGUGCAGUCAUGAAGGAAGCAGCCGGAGAUGUGGUGGACAGGGGGACCUCCUUUCUGGUUCUCUUGGAGUCUUGGCACACUGGGCAUUUGUUGCUGGAGCUGAAAAAACAAAUGGUCAAAAUCCCUUUCUAGUGGCUGCAUUUGGAGCUUGCUCUCUCACGAGGCAGUCUAACCACCAAGCCUUUCAGAAAUUCGGACGUUCAAUGACAGCCUCUGACAUGGUUUCAGAAGUUGGAACGGCUUUCAACAAACUUUUUGAAACCUGAAGCCAAAGGAGCAGAGAAGAAGGAAGAACAAUGACUGCAAGAGUAAUUACAUGUACCGUAGAAUUUACAUAAUGCACCCUUUCAAGUGCUGUAGCAGCAUUGGUAUGUUAGGUAGAUAUUUUUUAUUUUUAAGAAUAGAAAAAUAUGAUUAAUGUAGAUAUUUUUUAAGAGUUUGGAAUACAAAAAUGUUUUGGCUGAAAUAAGCUGUAGUUGCAGAUCUGUUCUAAUAUAAUAAAACUAAACUGAAAGUA